UGAAAUAUUCCCCAUUAAUGAUAAAGAAAUCGAGCGAGAGCAUUUAAGGCAUUAUAUCGAGCGAGAGGUUUUUAAUGGAACAUUUUCUUCGCCUGUUCAAGACAUACUUGAAACUGGUUGGGCUAGAGUUCUUGACGUUAAUUGUGGUCCUGGAACCUGGCUUUUUGAACUAUCAUCAGAUUAUCCGGGCUGUAACUACUUUGGCACAAAUUCGUCUCACACCAUUUCUCUGCUAAACAAUGGGGGAAAACCAUUCGAUGUGGAAUUUGUUGAUGCUAAUCUGGUUAAAUAUGAUUUUAAAGUGUGUUCAGAUCGUGAAAAUUUGAAUGAACAAGAAUGUGGAUUACCAUUCCUGGACAACUCUUUUGAUUUUGUAUCAAUGAAAUAUUCUUCAAGGGAGUAUACAGUAUCAGAAUGGGAAAAUACCAUUAUAAAGGAGUUGAUUAGAGUUUUGAAGCCGGGAGGAUGGCUCGAGUUGACAGAUUUUGAAUUAACCAUGGAUGGAGGUGGACCUGUCUUAAAUAAAUUUCUCGAAACAAAGUUAAAGUUGUUAGAAUCGUUCCACUUAGAGACGGAUAUUAUUCACAAUCUUCCAAAAAUCAUGGAAGCUUCCGGGGAAUUCAUGAAUGUUCAAUUUGAAAUAAAAAAAUUUCCAUUAGGCAAAUCUUCCGGUAAAUUAGGCGAAUCAGGAAGCACAUUAUAUUAUGAAACGUAUAAGUCUAUUCUCUCGUACUUUGCAAAGCAUUUGGGAAUAAAAGAAAAAGAUAUUAAUGCAACUGUUGACAAAAUAAAGGAGGAGUUUGAUGAAUAUGAUGUUUAUAAGUCGGCGUAUCGAAUUUUUGGGCAGAAGCAGUUGGAACAAAGAAACGACGAGAUGAACGGAGAAAUAAACGCGAGAACAAGCGAUGAAACAGGCACGGAUUGA